AUGAGCCUCCAGAACCCGACGGUAGCAUUCACAACGCCGCCGAACUACGCGGCGAGACUCUCCAACCUACUGAGCCUGAGCGGCUACACUCCCCUGUGGUGCCCCACGCUCCUGAUCCAACCCCUUCCCUCCACCCUCGCCCCCUUCCUAUCCCCUCACUCCCUCCGCACCGUCUCUGCCAUCGCCUUCACUUCCCGAACCGCAAUCCAAGCCCUCCUCCAAGCUGCCACCUCUCUCUCUCAUCCUCCGCUCCCUCCAGAGGGCCCCACCUUCACCCUCGCCGCUCUUGGCAAAGACGCCGACCUCAUCGACGCCCAAUUCCUCUCCGCAUUCUGCACCAACUCCAACCGACUCUGCGUCCUGGUGCCGCCCACCGCCACGCCCACCGCCCUGGCGGCGGCCCUCGGGGACGGACGCAGCCGGAGGGUGUUGUGUCCGGUCCCACGGGUCAUCGGCGUGAAUGAACCGCCGGUGGUGCCGGGUUUCCUCGAAGAGCUUCGGCGCGGCCGGUGGGUCCCUGUUCGAGUGGAGGCUUACGAGACGAGGUGGGCCGGUCCCCGGUGCGCGGAGGGCAUUGUGACGGCGAGCGAGGAGGGAGGAUUGGAUGCGCUGGUGUUCACCAGUACUGCUGAGGUUGAGGGCCUGCUCCAGAGCUUGAAGGAGUUUGGGCUGGGCUUUGCGGACUUGAGGCGGAGGUGCCCAAGAUUGGUUGUUGCAGCCCAUGGGCCUGUUACUGCCGCUGGGGCCCAGAGGCUUGGAGUGGAGGUUGAUGUGGUGAGUUCCAGGUUUGGUAGCUUUGAGGGAGUUAUUGAAGUUCUUAAUGUCACAUUCUCAAGGUUUAGAGUUUAG